CCCACGCUAAUCCUAUCCCCCGCAGCCCUGCCCGUGCUACAGCAGCUGGCGGGGGGCCGUGCGGGCAUUGAACGGGUGGUGGUGGUGGACACGUCGCAGCCCAUGCUGGACAGGGUGCAGGCUGCCGCCUCUCACUCCCUCCCUGGCGCCAGGCCCUGGCCCCGGCUGCUGUGUGUGCGGGGUGAUGAGGAGCACCUGCCGCUGCGACCCAACAGCGUGGACCUGAUCAUCAGCUGCCUGGGACUGCACUGGGCUAAUGACCUCCCGGGCGCCAUGGCCCAGUGCCGCAUGGCUCUGGUUCCGGACGGCCUCUUUCUGUCCGCUCUGCUGGGGGGGGAUACACUGCAGGAGCUGCGUAUCUCGUGCGCUCUGGCCCAGAUGGAGCGCGAGGGCGGUGUGUCGGCGGCGGUGUCCCCCCUGGCCCAGGUGCGGGACGCGGGGAACCUGCUCACGAGGGCGGACCUGAGAAUGCCGGCGGUGGACGUGGACCGCUUCAAGAUCGGAUACCCCUCCCCCCUGGAGCUCGUACAACAUCUCAGGGCCCUGGGAGAGAGCAACGCGGCGGUGAACCGGAGGAGGUCGCUGCCCAGGGACUCGGCGCUGGCGGCUGCUGCGGUGUACCAGUCAAUGUUCGGGUCUCCGGAGGAUGGUGGCGGCAUCAGCGCCACCUUCGAGGUGAUCUUCAUGACGGGGUGGGCCCCCGCGGCCAACCAGCCCAAGGCCGCCAGGAGGGGCUCCGCCACCGUGUCAUUCCAGGUGGGGAGGGGCCAGGGUAGGUAG